AUAAUCUGGUCGGACAUUCAGUGGAGUGGAUCUCCUGCAUCUAGACACACAGAGCAAAGACACUUUUACAUUCCCAGCGGGGAUUCUGAUUUACUCACCACAGGUGACCUGUAACUGGUUGGAGAAAAAGAGGAGAUGAGAACAAAUGGAAAGGGAGCAGAGAGAGAGAGAGGAUGAGUGAGAGAGAGCAGGACCCAAGAGAUUCCUCAUGCACAAUGGGAGCCCCUCGCUUUGCCGACUUUUGAUUUUAAAAGAAUAAAGACUUUGCCUAAAGAAGCCCAACAGGAUUUUAACUUCGCUUUAGUGUUUUACCCUGUAGUGGAAGUCCUCCCUUUUGUCUCAGGAGUUGUAGUCAUGACAGCACUCUGAACAUAGAAAUAAGUCCUCUUUUCAAUCCUUUCUCCCUAAAACUGUCUGCCACUUUUUACCUAGUAACAGUCCUUUGCCAUGGAGAAGACGUACUCACUAACAGCCCACUAUGAUGAGUUUCAGGAAGUAAAAUAUGGCGGUCGCUUCAGCAGUGACAUCCUCAGCAAUGGCAUGACCCUUCACCUGGGGGGCAGCCUGGACCGUCAUAUGGGGCGAGGACGAGGAGGGACCUGGUCAAAUGGUCGAAACAGAGAUCUGAGCAAUACCAGCAGCAGCGGAGGGCUGCCUCGAUGGAGUCGGAGGGAGAUCUGCCUCCUCUCUGCGCUGGUCUUUGCAUCAGGCAUGUGCGUUAUCUUGGGCAGCAUGCUGGCACUCAAGUACAUUUCCUUGGAUGCCCAGCAGGACCCACAGUGCCGACAAGACUGCCAACGUAAACGUUCCCUGCUGCGCACGGCUCGCUUCGUUCAGGCCAAUAUUGACCCAACUAUCCAGCCCUGCCAGGACUUCUACUCCUUCGCCUGUGGCGGUUGGCUGAGACGGCACGGCAUCCCCGAGGACAAACUCAGCUACGGCAUCAUCACAGCUAUAGGGGAGCACAAUGAGGAGAAGCUACAGCGCCUCCUGCUGGAGCCAAUACGGAGGCAUGGGCCCAACUCGGCAGAGCGCAAGGUCAAGGAGUUCUAUAGAUCCUGCGUCAACAUCCAGGAAAUCGACAAGCUGGGCUCUGACCCCAUGACGGAGGUGAUAGACAGUUGUGGGGGGUGGGACCUGGUGGGGGCUCCUCCUGGUGCCGCUGGGUGGGAGAGAGAGGGUGCCCCACAAAGGCCGGACUUCAAUGAGCUGCUGUACAGGACCCAGGGAGUGUAUAGCACCGCCGUCUUCUUCUCCCUCACUGUCAAUGUGGACGACAAAAAUUCCUCCAGGAAUGCUAUCAGGAUUGAUCAGGAGGGGCUCACGCUUCCUGAGAGAAGCCUCUAUCUGGGACAGGAUGAGGACAGUGUGAAGAUCCUGGCGGCGUACAAGGCCCUGAUGGAGCGCUUGCUGAGCAUGCUGGGAGCUGACAACGCCACGCAGAAGUCCAAGGAGAUUAUACAGCUGGAGACCCGUCUGGCCAAUAUCACUGUGUCAGAAUAUGAUGACCAAAGAAAGGACAUCAGCACCAUGUAUAACCGCAUCACCCUGAGGCAGCUACAGCGCAUCGCUCCCAGUCUUCACUGGAAACGCUUGCUGGACAGAAUCUUCCACGACAACUUCUCCGAAGAUGAAGAGAUCGUGGUGCUCGCUACUGACUACAUACAGAAAGUCUCUGACAUCAUUAAGACCACUUCGAAGAGGGUUCUCCAUAACUACAUGCUGUGGCGCAUCGUGGCAGCGCUAAGUGAACACCUGUCCACUGCCUUCCGCAGCACCAUCCACGAGUUUUCUCGGGAGAUAGAUGGCACUGAGCAGCAGCUGGAGCUGGGCAGGCUCUGCCUCACCCAGGCUAACAAACACUUUGGCAUGGCCCUGGGAGCUCUGUUCGUACAGCAACACUUCUCCUCACAGAGCAAGGCCAAAGUACAGGAGCUGGUGGAGGACAUAAAACACUCCCUGGACAUCCGUCUGCAGGAGCUGGACUGGAUGGAUGAAGCCACUAAGGAGGCUGCCAGAGCAAAGCUGAGGCACAUGAUGGUGAUGACAGGAUACCCAGACUUCCUGCUCAAACCUGAGCUAAUAGAUCAAGAAUAUGGGUUUGACGUGGAUGAGAAGACCUACUUCAAGAACAUCCUCAACAGCAUCAAGUUCAACAUUAAGCUGUCCGUCAAGAAGAUCCACGAAGAAGUGGACAAGACGGCGUGGCUUCUCCCCCCCCAGGCCCUUAAUGCCUACUACCUUCCUAACAAGAACCAAAUGGUCUUUCCUGCCGGCAUCCUUCAGCCCACUCUCUACAACCCUGAGUUCCCACAGUCUCUGAACUACGGAGGAAUAGGUGCUAUCAUUGGCCAUGAGCUAACACACGGAUAUGAUGACUGGGGGGGCCAGUACGACCGCCAUGGCAACCUCAAGCAGUGGUGGACCGAGGAGUCCUACAGGAAAUUCCAAAAGAAAGCUGAAUGUAUCGUCAAACUCUACGAUAACUUCACGGUUUAUAACCAGAGGGUGAAUGGUCGUCUCACACUGGGGGAGAACAUAGCAGACAUGGGAGGGCUAAAGCUGUCAUACUAUGCGUAUCAGAAGUGGGUGAGGGAACAUGGUCCAGAGAGACCCCUGCCCGGGCUCAAAUACACCCAUGAACAGCUUCUCUUCAUUGCCUUUGCACAGAACUGGUGUAUGAAGAGGAGAUCUCAGUCCAUCUACUUGCAGCUGCUGACUGACAAACAUGCUCCAGAGCACUACAGAGUGAUCGGCAGCGUUUCCCAGUUUGAUGAGUUUGCCCGUGUUUUCCACUGUCCGAAGGGUUCCCCAAUGAACCCUGCGGACAAAUGCUCCGUGUGGUGACCUCUCCGCCUGGCCUUUUGACCUUGGGAUGACCUGCAUCUUUACAGCCCCCUCCCACCCACUCACGCCACCUGUCCUAACAUCAUGCAUUCAUCGGAGCCAACAGGAUGCUACAGAGAACAUAAAGCCUGUUCUUGCCUAUAAAUGAUACAGGAGGGAAAUGUGUCUUUUCAACGUUACAAGUACACGUUUUCAGUUAGGAAAGUUUAUUCAACUGUCCAUUGUCUGUACUAACCAAACUAAAGCAUGGGUCACAUGACCACUGAUCAUGUAAAUAUAUAUUAUUUGAUUACAUAUAUUUUUCUAUGUUUAAAUUUAUUUUCAAAUCAUCUAUUUUUGUAUUUUAGCAUAUAUAUCACAUGCAUUAUGCGUAGGACUCAUAAGCUAUUUGGUUUUUAAUUAAGCAACAUGUUUCCUCACUCGUUUCUCUUCUUUAUAGCAUCAACUAGAAAAACUUCAGCAUACUGGAAGAUUAAAGAUUGGCAACAACAGCGAUUUCAGUCACUAAUGUAAAGUGGACAAGGACAAAUUUAAGAUGAACUGGGAUCAGCAGCAUCCUCGUGCCUGCCAAAAUGUUGGUGUUCUUUUAAUUCGGUAUUGGAGUUUAAUUUGUGUCGCAAUGCUGCACUCUUGUGGCUGCAGAGAGCAAUGGUCACUGUUCAGCUGUCACGACUUGUAUCGUUUGCCUGCUCUGGUCUCUUGUUAACUGUGAGUGUUUGUACGGUUUUUAAGAUUUGUCAACUUUUUAAAAAAAAAAAAAAAAAAAAAGAGGAAGGUGGACUCACGGUGGAUGUUUUUCUCAGGAUUUGUAGCAAAGUGCAGCACUAAACAGGGGAUCUUUGUGUCUGUCUACAUUCAUCUCUGAUGUCUACAGAAUGGUCACAAAGGAGCUGGUGUAUCUAUCAACCAUUGGAUGAAAGAUGAGAAGAGACAGUUUUCCUUGUUGGAUGAACUGAUCUCAGAUCUCUUUCUUCUGGAAAUAGAGCCUCUGCCAUUGGAUUAUCCACAUCUCAUGUUCCCUGGUUAAAUCUGAAUGCUCUGAGACAAACCCAGGCAUCAAGUGAGAGGGAGAGUGCGAGGUCACAUCACACAUUCACAGUUAACUCACCAAAUAACAGAAGCCAACUCUCUACGUAACUAUGGUAGAUGGAGAAUUUUACAUUUGUACACAGUGUUAUUUAAAAAAGAAAUGACUUUUGUAUAAAGAAUCUGUUGGUACAAAAAAAAUAACCUUUGUACAGUGAAGAAGUAUAUAUCAGAUGUUAUGGUUGUAUAGUUUGUUUUGACGAGAGCGCAUGUUUCCUCUCUGACCAACAAAGUCUGAACAAUACAUAUAGACAAUAUCACACACCCACACGCACGCACGCACGCACGCACACACACACACAGACAACUGAUGCUACAGCUGCUACUUCCCAUGUGGCUGCUAUCUCUUUCUCUCUGUUGGUCACUGUUUAAUGUUUGAAUAAAUACAAAGGAUCACUGUGUUCAGGAGUGUGUGUAUGUGUGUGUGUGUGUGUCUGUGUGAGACACAUCACCUCUGUAUGUCCUGUUCAUUAUCAGCGUGAAUGUGUUUUCAGCUGUGUCCUCGCAGGCUUGUGUCCCUCAGUGAUGUGAGCCAGCUCUCUCUCCCUCCCGUUCGCUUCGAACC